CUCCAUGAUGAGCGCACUUUCCCUUUCACCGUCUCCGAGCGCGAGUCGGCAAUCACAACCUCGUCCAAAUGCGGCUCAGGCGAUCCGUCGGGAUUUGAGAAUGAAACUCAAAGUUGAGGCGCUGGAUCGUGUUGCUGUGUUGAGGCUGAAUCUGUCUCUGGGUUCAAUACUGAAGAGCCUGGAUGUUGACGACUGCUCACCUGCCGCCUUAUACAGAAAAGUGGUUUCUGACUCCAAUUUUUAAGACUUUCAAGGAAUUGUAUUCCCAAACUGUAGUUUUUGGUUCACAGAACAUGCAGAGAGAUUUUCCUAGAUGUGAACACCCAUCUGUGUAUCCCAUCUAUAAUGCUUUUCUAACAGGUUUUUUUUCUUGUACCAGCUGCAUAAUCACAGACAGUUUCAACAUCAUUAACAUUUUCAAGAUGGAUUACCUGAUUUCAGCAGAGUAAAUUUUGGUCUGCAUAUAUUAUACUUCUCUCUCAGUGUUUCUGCAUGCGUCCUGGAGUUUUAUUUUUCUUGAUGCGCGUAAUGGUUCAUUUGGCAGAGGCAUCAUCAUUCAAAUGAUGUUGUGACAAGACCGACUUAAUGUGAUCAUUACUCUAAUGGCUUUUAUGAGAAUGCCCUGAUGUCCCUUUGUGAAACAAAAUAAAAUAGGUGGGUGUUACAGUCCACCUUUGCAACGCAGGACAGGGCCGAGCAUCAGCUUCGUAUUGGAAUAGAUGGUUCCUGUGCUGGACAACAUGACCCCACCUCCUCCAACACAGAACUGCUCCAACUGCAGCCAGGUUUUAGUCCCAGAGCUUAACGUGGUCAAGGCUGUGGUUCUGGGCCUGGUUCUUGGCAUCUUGAUUCUGUUUGGAAUUGUGGGUAACAUCCUGGUAAUCCUCUCCGUGGUUUGCCAUAGACACCUGCGGACAGUCACACAUUAUUUUAUAGUUAAUCUGGCAGUGGCAGAUUUGCUGCUGAGCUCCACUGUACUACCUUUCUCUGCUAUUUUUGAGAUUGUGGAUCGUUGGGUGUUUGGACGGGCCUUUUGCAAUGUUUGGGCAGCUGUGGAUGUACUCUGCUGCACUGCUUCCAUCAUGAGCCUCUGUGUGAUCUCUGUUGACCGCUAUAUUGGAGUCAGCUACCCUCUGCGCUACCCAUCGAUAGUGACAAAACGCAGGGCGCUGCUGGCAGUGAUGCUGCUGUGGGUGCUGUCUGUCAUCAUAUCUAUUGGACCUUUGUUUGGCUGGAAAGAGCCGGCACCUGAGGACGAGUCCAUAUGCAAGAUCACGGAGGAGCCCGCCUACGCUAUCUUCUCUGCUGUGGGCUCUUUCUACCUCCCUCUGGCCAUCAUACUGGUCAUGUACUGUCGGGUUUAUGUGGUAGCUCACAGGGAGAGCCGGGGCCUCAGAGAGGGCCACAAAACAGAGAAGUCCGAUUCAGAGCGGGUGAUACUCAGGAUACACAGAGGCAACACAAGUGUAUUAGAGGACGAGUCCCUUCGUAGCCGCACACAUUUCGCCCUGCGACUGCUCAAGUUCUCGCGUGAGAAGAAGGCUGCCAAGACCUUGGGCAUUGUGGUUGGCUGCUUCGUGUUGUGCUGGUUGCCCUUUUUCCUGGUGCUACCCAUCGGCUCCAUCUUUCCCGCAUACAGACCUUCAGACACUGUCUUCAAGAUUACGUUCUGGCUCGGUUACUUCAAUAGCUGCAUCAACCCCAUCAUUUACCCGUGCUCCAACCAGGAGUUUAAGAAAGCUUUCCAGAGUUUACUCGGAGGUCACUGUCUGAGAAAGACACCCAGACCACACCAUCAUCAUCUGAGGGCAGGUCAGAGUCAAACUCAGGGUCACAGUCAGCCCCUCACUCUGGGACUGGACAGCAGGGGGGCGCCCUGUCGGCUCAGCCCUUCCUCCUCCAUGGCCCUGUCCAGAACCCCCUCCUCCAGGGACAGCAGGGAGUGGAAUGUCUUUCCCGGAGGCCCAUCAGGUGGAUCAGGACCGGUCAAGACGAGCAGGGAUAAAGUGGCCAAACUCUGCAGUAAAAGCUUCCAUCGGACCUGCUGCUGUGUCUUCAGUGGUGUGACUCCCCCGCAGGAGUCAAACUGCGCCCAGCCGCCUCCAGUUGGAAACCUUCCCACCAUUAAAAUCCACCAACUGUCCCUGUCAGAAAAAGGAGAGCCUGUAUAGCCACUGUAAUCCUUCAUCCAUUAGUCAUGACUCCUCUUUCAAUGUCACGGAUGAGAAUUUAUUUCCUUUUGCACAGUUGGAUGAGUUGUAUUGGAUGGUGGCUGCUUUGAAUUUUUAUAUUUUAAAAAGUUUCAGCUUUGAUAACAUUUUGUGAUUUU